AUGAAGCGUUGGCCGUUCCUCGCUCUGUUCUUUGUGAAUGCGAUCGCGGUGGGGAUUCUUGUGGCGUACGGCCAAGGCACGAUGACGAAAUCUAUCCAUGCGGCAUGCGAAAACAUUUUGGCCAAGAUCCCGGCACUCCGACAAUGCAACACCGUUCAAUACCCCCACUGCAUUGAAAACCAAGCCAUCUUUCGAGCCAGCAUGGCCAUCGGCGUGUUCUUCUUGUUCAUGAUGGUGUGGAGUGCGCUGACCGAAUGGGGGCACAACCGCGGAUGUGCGAUCCUUGCCCUCGAGUUGCCCCUCUACCUUGGGCUCUCCAUUGGUGCAUUCUUCUUACCCAACAGCGUGUUCGACGUGUACGCAUGGAUUGCAGCAGUCGCGUCGGGCGUGUUCAUCGUCAUGCAAAUCGUGAUUCUGCUGGACUGCGUCUAUGGCAUUCGAGACUUUAUCUUGGAAAAGAUCCAGGCCACGCCCGAAAGCCGCCAAUGGCCAGCUGUGUUUAUCACACUGUCAAUGUUGUCGCUGAUCGCGACCAUCGUGGGGCUUGUCCUGUUGUAUGUCUACUACUCUGCAUUGCCCCUGGCAGUGGUGUUCAUCACGAUCACUGCUGUAUUUGUCGUGGUGCUACCAGUACUCGGGGUCAGCGACAAGAUUGGAUCGGGGCUGCUCCCCCCUGCGGCCAUGACGAUGUACCUCGUCUUCUUGUGCUGGCAAGCCGUGUCCAAAAUCCCGAACUUCUCCCCGUCAUUUGCGACGGGGCCGUCAGCUUCCCCCAUCCUCGUGCCCAGCGCCAUCAUCGGCGCUUUGACUGUGUCCUGGACAAGUUGGCGAACGUCCGAGUCAACGAAAUCGCUGUUUCGACUGGAGAUGCACCCUGACACGGCCGACAAGUCGAGUGCAAGCCAAGCCUCCAACGGGUCCAAGGAAGCACCGGUUGAACCAUCGAGUGGAGUCGUCGCAUGGGACAAGGUAGUGGUGGCCGUCCCGGAAGACGCGACUCCCCCUCUGUCCUCGGAGCUAACUGCCCCAAGCUGGCAGUUCUUCUUCAUCAUGUUUGUCAGCAGCUUUUAUAUGGCAAUGGUGAUGACCAACUGGGGCGUCAACGGCGGGACCACGACGCCAGAAGUCGUUUGCGUGUGGGUUCAAAUCGUAUCGCAGUGGGUCACGGGCUUGUUCUUUCUCUGGUCCCUCGUUGCCCCCUUGCUGCUCCCCCAUCGCGACUUUUCGUAA